AUGUACAGUCACCCUGUACGGAGUGGCCAGAGCCCCCUUCCCAGCCAGAGGUUGCCGGUACCAGACAGUGUGCUGCACAUGUUCCCAGGCACCGAAGAGGGGCCCAAGGAUGACAGUGCAAAACAUGGGGGCCGGGUGCGCACCUUUCCCCAUGAGCGGGGCAACUGGGCCACCCAUGUCUACGUACCGUAUGAAGCCGAGGAGGACUUCCUGGACCUGCUUGACACGUUGCUGCCCCACGCCCAGACAUACGUGCCCCGGCUGGUGAGGAUGGAGUCCUUCCACCUCAGCCUGUCCCACAGUGUGGUUCUGCGCCAUCAUUGGAUCCUUCCCUUCGUGCAGGCUCUGAAAGACCGCAUGGCCUCCCACCAGAGAUUCUGCUUUACUGCCGACCGGGUAAAGAUUUAUACCAAUGAAGAGAAAACCAGGACCUUUCUUGGGCUCGAAGUCACCUCCGGGCACACGCAGUUCCUAGACCUGGUUUCAGAGGUAGACAGAGUCUUGGAGGAAUUUGACCUCACCACUUUCUACCAGGACCCUUCAUUCCACAUCAGCCUGGCCUGGUGUGUGGGCGAUGCUCGUCUCCAGCUGGAAGGGCAGUGCCUGAGGGAGCUGCAGGAAAUUGUGGACGAGUUUGAAGACUCUGAGAUGCUGCUGCGUGUGCACGCCGAGCAGGUCCGCUGCAAGUCCGGGAACAAGUUCUUCUCGAUGCCUUUGAAGUGAGCUCCAGAGGCCCUCCUUGUCCCAGACCCCACUGCAGGCCAGGCAGAGAUGGAGGAGCCUUCACAAACCGUCCUGGGAGGCCUGAUGGGCCCUGGGGGCUGGUUCUCUCCUGGCCCGUUUUUUUGGGUUGCAAGUCCAGCGCUGCUGUGUUGUGGUCAUUCCCAAAAAUCACCAGUAGAGGGCAGACCGUGCUCCCUAGUUCUAGGUCUGUGGUUCUUGCGCAAAAAAUAAAUAAAAACGGGGUCACCCGGUGAGCCCACCCAUACUCAGCCAGAAUCCCCACUGUAGUCCCGCCAACAAAUGGCUCCUCCCCACACUCCCCCCCAGGGCCCCGUCAGCUGUUUGCAUUGUGAUGCCAUUGGCCUCAGACCAGCGUUUUUAAAACCAUUGUGUCCUGGCUCAUCCCUGCUCAAGCCAAGACAUAGGGUCCUUCGAUGGGUCUAUCACCCUCCCUCUUUGAAGCUUGUCAGUCUUAUUUAUUUCUGGGCCCACCCCUCCUAUGCCAGCAAAGGCCACUUCAGGGCCAAGGUGCAGGGUGCUAAUUUGAGGUUUAGCAUCAGUUUUCUCCAUUCCUUCCUCCCACUCGCCCCCAGCCAGGUGCCUGGGGAGACUUGAGCAGAUGUUUCAUUUUGACCUCGUUGGUGGCUUUCAGCCAGGCCUCCAACGCUCCGUGACCUCUGGUUUCCCAUCAGCUUUUCCAAAGAGGCAGAGAGGCGCCUUCCCCCAUCAGGGUUCACUCUCUGCAGCCUCCAGCUGCCCGCUGCAGCCUGCGGGCCUGCCAAGGGGACAUGGACAGAGGGCCAGGGGCUUCACAGGGUUUUUAUUCUCUGAGCCCUCAUGAGAGCAAAGGACCAGUCCUCUCCAGUUGCCAUCUGGAUUUCCAGUGAUGGAUGAAGAGAUAUUUUUAUGUUAUAGUUUUAAAUUAUGUUCAACGAAUAAAAAUUAGUUUUUAUUUUGGA